AUGGCGUCUGUCGGCGGACAAAAGCGGUACUUUGAUGAUGCAGUCGCCAGCGAAGAGUCAGAGUCUCGCAAAAGGACAAAGUCGGUGCCAGAUGACUCGGAUCCAGCUGAGCCAGGGACGACACAGAAAGCUGCAAAAGUCAAGCGCACGCGAGCACCGCCGGCGGACGAGUCAGAAACGACGACGGUACACGUCAGCGGACUGGAAGAGAGGAUCAGCUCUGAGCAACUGACCCAAUACUUUUCAUCUGUCGGCCCGGUGCGCUCAGCGUUUGUCAUCACAGACAAAGUAGAAACGCCUCCUGAUGCGGUCAUCGGAGUCACGGGGAGUAACGCUCAGGCUGUCCUGACCAAAGCAAGAAGCAGAGGGUUCGGCUACGUUAAGUUUGUCGAGCGAUCAGAUGCAGAGCGAGCAGUGCAGACGCUGUCUGGUACAUCCCUGUCAGACAGCAGCAAGAAGAUCAAAGUCACGCUGGCAAAACCCAGAUUGCGCGCCGACGAAGACGGACAGCUUACAAAGCCAGGCAAGGCUGCGCCGGCUUGGGUAGCACGCAAGGAAGCCAUCCACGCCCGGGCGCAGACAUUGAUCAAGCCAGAAGCCGUGGAUGCGCCUUCAGAAGAUGGAAAGGACCAUAAGAGUGAGAUCGCCAAUCGAUCCGUCCUCGUUCAGGGCCUCUCGCCGACCGCGCCAGUGCCAAAGCCCAGCACGUCAGAGAUACCCCGCAAGAUCAAUUGGGCAAAGGCGUUGCACAAGCAUAUCAAGAAGUCGCUUGGCUCGUCCGCAGAAGGUCAGCAGAAGGCUGCGCUCUUUGAUGUUGCGUACCCAGUCCAGCUCUACGGCGUCACAAGCGAGACUAGUGCUGCCAAGAUCACCGUGUCAACGCCUAAGCAAGCCCGGAAACUUGCGCUAGAUCUGCACGGCAAGAUACUACAAGCAAGCUAUCUGACUGCCGUCACUCAGUGGGAAUACGAUGCGACGACGCGACAAGGCAAAGCAGCCGGCGGUGGCCGGCUCAUGUUCCGCAAUCUUGAUUUCGGCAUUUCGGAGCUCGAUCUUCGUACAUGUGUUUCGCAAUAUGGCCCCAUACAUUCUAUCGACAUUCCUCAGACGACCGCACCGAGCUAUGGACAAGCAGCCGCGCAGAGCCGAGGGAGAGGUUUCGCCUUUGUCUGGUUCAUCCGACGAGAGGACGCGCAGAAAGCGCUGGAAGGGGCCAAUGGUCGCAAAGUAUGGCCCGGUUAUGGGCAGGAGCACAUCACUUCCGCUGGUCAGGUCGAGGAAGCAGACCGAGGCCGAGUCAUGGCAGUCGACUGGGCGCUCGGCAAACGUGACUGGGAGGCUGCAGAAGCCGGUCGACUGCAGGCUGACCCGAAGACGCACGAAGAGCAAGAACAGGACGAGGAGAUGGCAGAGGAUAGAAGCAAUGAGCCAGACGAAGCUAGCGAGACAGACGACGCCGAUGAAGGCGAGAGUGAGAGCGAAAGCGAGAGCGAAGAAGAAAUUGAAGAUCUCAUGGACAGUGACGAAAAAGAAGAUGACGAAGGACCAAAGCAAAGAAGCUCCUCAACUGAUGCCGCGACUCUAUUCGUGCGCAACAUACAAUUCGAAGCAACCGAAGAUGAGCUCUAUCAGGUCUUCAAACAAUUUGGCCCUGUCCGAUAUGCGCGCAUCGUCAUGGACAAGAAGCUCAACAGAUCGAAAGGCACUGGCUUCGUCUGCUUCUACAAUGAAGCACAUGCUCGCGAGACCCUGGCCGAAUCGGAUCUCAUCCACGCUACAAGUCAGCCGGCGACUGAAGCGAAGCCGGCUCAGAAUCCUUUUUCUGUUCUGACGCCUGAUCCUUCCACAAUCAGCGCGAAGAAGCUCAGUCUUCAUGGCCGAGUGCUCGGCGUCUCGUCGGCUGUCUCUCGAGAACAGGCAGACAAGCUGAGAGAGGAUCGAGACAAGAAGAGCGGCAAAGGCGACAAGCGGAACUUCUAUUUGAUGCGCGAAGGAGUGGUCGUUCCGGGAACGCCUCAGGCUAAGCUGCUUACAGCGGCGGAUCUGGAAGCGCGCCAAGACUCGUAUGAUGCUCGCAAAGCGCUGUUGCGCUCAAAUCCGUCCCUCUUCGUCUCUCGCCAGCGUCUCUCGAUCCGUCAACUGCCUUUACAUACGACAGAGGGUCUAUUGAAGAGGCUCGCUGGCUGGGCGCUACGUCAAUGGCGCAUUGAAGUCAAGCAAGGCAAGCGCAAGGAGCUUCUACCGGAAGAAAGAGAGGACGAAAUCAAAGACUUGCGCCCAAAAGUCAAGCCGGGCGAUACAGAGAAACCGAGCAAGCCCGCUAGCCGAGUCCAACAGGCCAAAAUCUUGAGACAAGCCGAUCGCGUAGAUCCGCUCACGAAUGUGGGCCGCAGCAAAGGCUACGGCUUUCUGCAGAUGACGAGCCAUGCCGAUGCUUUACGCGUGUUGCGCUGGACGAACGCGAAUCCAGAAGCAGUUCUGCUCUUGCGCUCGUGGUGGAAGGAGGACCUCGAGAACCGUGUGAAGCGGACAGAGUUGGAAACAGAGUCGGAGGACAAAGACGUCCGCCUGAAGCGACUGAGAGAGAAGAUAGUCGAACUCGAGGAGGAAGCUUCACGUGCGGCAUCGAAGAAGAAGGGUAAAGCUGACUCGGAAAGCGGUUCCGGCCGAGCGACUCGCACCCUGAUGAUCGAGUUGUCGAUAGAGAACGCGAUAACGACAAAGCGUCGCCAGGAGAAAGCUGACCGCAGUCGUACACGCGCCAAAAAAUCUAAGACUGCGCCCGAGACGAGCGCUGCCAUUGCUACCGAAGCGACUGAUGGCCGCAAACGAAAGCAUGAUGAGGAGUCGCCAUCAAAGUCGGAGAAACCCAAUGCGCUCGGGUCGAUCAUUGGCCGCAAGCGACGCGAAAAGCGCGCACGCAAGUCUUAG